AUGUCUGCGCUUCCCGAUGAGGUGAACAGAACUUUGAUCGAGGUGCUCAAUGGGUUCUCCUCGCCUGUUAAUACCAUUAGAGCAGAGGCGGAGAAUACCUUGAACAAGAACUGGAUCACGCCAACAAACAUCGAUGUUUUGCUGAUGUUUUUAGCUGAGCAGGCAUCCUUCUCUGGAGAGCUGACGCUAGCUGCAUUAUCUGCCGUUUUGUUUCGGAAGUUGGCGCUGCGAGCACCACCCUCCUCCAAAACUGUCAUUAUUGCAAAAAACAUCACACACAUCAAUGAAUCCGUGCUGGCACAAAUUCGUAACACACUUUUGAAAGGGUUCGUUACAGAGAGACCCAGCGGAAUUCGUCACAAGCUGUCGGAUGCAAUUGCCGAAUGUGCGCAGGAAGACUUGCCUGACUGGCCAGAGCUGCUUCCCGCUCUAUUCGAGGCCAUAAAGAACCCGGAUCCCAAUUUUCGUGAGUCCAGCUUCCGUAUUUUCACGUCUGUGCCACAUCUCAUCAAUGCGGUUGACAUCAACAGCGUGCUCCCCAUAUUUGAAGCUGGCUUCACUGAUGUUGACGAUAACGUCAAAGUCGCGGCUGUCACAUCUUUUGUCGGAUAUUUCAAACAACUUCCCAAGCAACACUGGUCCAAUCUUGGAGUGCUUUUGCCGAGCUUGUUGAAUAGUCUACCAAACUUUCUUGAUGAUGGUAAGGAUGAUGCUCUGGCAUCAGUUUUCGAGUCCUUGAUAGAAUUAGUGGAAUUGGCGCCAAAACUUUUCAAGUCUAUGUUUGAUCAAAUGAUUCAGUUCAUCGAUAUUGUUAUAAAGAACAAAGAUUUGGAAACUUCGGCUAGAACCACCGCGCUUGAGCUUUUGACAGCUUUUAGCGAAAGUGCCCCACAGAUGUGUAAGACCAAUGCAAGCUAUGCGCAGUCAUUGAUCAUGAAUGCGCUCAUCAUGAUGACGGAAGUGUCAAUUGAUGAUGAUCAGGCCUCAGAAUGGCACAACUCGGACGAUACGGAAGAAGAUGAUGAAGAAGUGACCUACGAUCACGCGCGCCAAGCCUUGGAUCGUGUUUCCCUUAAAUUGGGUGGUAAAGUACUUGCACCCCCUCUCUUUCAGUAUUUGCAACAAAUGGUAGCAUCGUCUGAAUGGAGAGAAAGGUUCGGUGCUCUUAUGGCGCUGUCUUCUGCAGCAGAAGGAUGUAGAGACGUUCUCAUUGGAGAGAUUCCCAAGAUUCUUGACAUGGUCAUUCCUCUGAUCAACGAUCCUCACCCCAGAGUUCAGUAUGGUUGCUGCAACGCUCUAGGUCAAAUCUCAACAGAUUUUGCCCCUCUUAUCCAAAGGACCUCUCACGAGCGCAUUAUAGCUCCAUUAAUCUCCAAAUUGACACCCCAAUCUGUUGACAGAGUUCAAACGCAUGCUGCAGCUGCGCUAGUAAACUUCUCAGAGCAUGCCACUCAAACUAUUUUGGAACCCUACUUGGAUGACCUCUUGACGAAUUUAUUGACUCUUUUGCAGAGCUCUAAAUUCUAUGUUCAAGAACAGGCUUUGACAACCAUUGCUUUCAUCGCUGAAGCAGCAGAAAAGAAAUUCAUCAAAUACUACGACACGUUGAUGCCACUUCUGAUCAACGUUCUGAAGACGGAUAUGGGCAGCUCCAACAGACUUUUGAAAGGUAAAUGCAUUGAGUGCUCUACUUUGAUUGCGCUUGCUGUGGGCAAAGAGAAAUUUAUGACUCAAUCACAAGAACUGAUUGAGCUCUUUAUUCUUUACCAAAACCAUGGCAUAGAAGAUGAUGAUCCAAUCAAGUCUUACUUGGAACAUGGAUGGAGCAGAAUAUGCCGUAUUCUCAGGGAAGAUUUUGUUAUGCUUCUUCCCGUGGUGAUACCUCCCCUGCUAGAAACAGCCAAGGCUACGCAGGAUGUAAGUUUGAUUGAAGAAGAAGAGGCGGCCAACUUUCAACAGUACUCAGAUUGGGACGUUGUUCAAGUCCAAGGCAAACACAUUGCUAUUCAUACUUCUAUCCUGGAUGACAAAGUGUCGGCAAUGGAGCUUCUUCAGGUUUAUACAACCAUUUUGAAGAAUUACUUUGCCGUGUACGUGCCAGAGAUUAUGAAGGAAAUUGCUAUACCUUCCAUCGACUUCUAUUUGCAUGAUGGUGUGAGAGCUACUGGUGCUGGUCUCAUUCCAGUUCUGCUCUCUGCGCUAACCUCGGCGACUGGGACUCAAAACAACGAAGUUCUGGAGCUGUGGCAUUUGGCAUCAAAUAAGCUACUGAACGGUAUCAUGAUUGAACCAAUGCCUGAAAUAACACAAAUCUACCACACUGCGCUAGUAGAUGGCCUCGCUAUCAUGGGGGAGAACAGCUUGAACACGGAACAGCUAACUCAAUACACAAAAGGCAUUUCCGCGAAUCUGUCGGACGUUUACGAGCGUGUGAAACAGCGUCGCAGCCAAGAAGAUGAAUACAACGAAGACGUUGAUGAAGAUCUCGAAGACUAUACCGAUGAGGACCUUCUGGACGAUAUCAACAAGUCAUUGGGCGCUGUCUUUAAGUCGAGCAGAGGAGCUUAUUUCGAACAGUUUCAGGCACUAUGGCCUCUUGUUAUAACAUAUUUGAGGGACGGGCAAGUCAUCCUGACCUUGUUUGCUCUCUGUGCCAUUGGGGAUAUGGUUGAAAAUGCAGGAACUGCCACAGAGCCUCUAAAGGCGAAUUUUAUCAACGAUGUCAAGGACUUUUUACUUUCGGCUGAUGCUUCCAUCCGCCAGGCUGCGUCCUACGUGAUAGGUGUCUGCGCUCAACAUAGUCGUGAAACCUAUGCACAGGAAUGCCUAGAAUGUCUGGAUACACUUACACGCGUUAUUUCCAUUCCAGAUUCAAAAUCAGAAGAGAACGUCACAUCGACAGAAAAUGCCAGUGCAGCAGUUGCCAAGAUUUUGCACAGCUUUGGCAACAGCAUACCAAACUACGACACGUACGUUGCAAGUUGGUUGAAGUCAUUUCCUAUUGUUCAAGACGAAGAGGCAGCAGCCUUUGAUUAUAGAUUUUUGGCGCACUUGAUCGAUACCCACUCACCUCUGGUCACCAGCCCAGCUGCAAUUCCCAACGUUCUCGAUUAUGUUGUCCAGGCGCUACGUCACCGUUCGCUUGUGGGAAGGAACGCCUCCGCCGUUGUUGAGUCUACAAAAAAGCUUCUUGGCUCUCUGCCUCAGGGCGAAGCAAUGGCUUUGUUUCAAAGAUAUCCUUCCGACGUUGUCCAGGAGAUCCAGCACUGGUUUGCAUGA